CCUUAACUUGCUAGAAUUCCCCUUAUGAAAAUGAGUUAUAAUAGAUUAGAUAAAACUAAAACAUAACCAAAAAUAAAUAAUCUGUUGAUCUUUGUGACUGUAUUAGUAAUUGAAUAAGUGUUGCGAUAUAAGCAUUUUAGUAACAAUGGCAAACUACAAAAUUCUUUCUGAAGAAGCUUUAGAACAAUUAGUUUGUUCCAAUUGCAACAAAUACUUAUCAUUUGGGAGUCCAAAAAUUGGAAGCAAUAAAAUCAUCUGUCAACGUUGUGACCAAAAAGAGUGCAUUUUACCGUUUUUUAACAACGAUAUAUUCACGUAUUUAUUUCCGUGUAUUAAUCGUUUUGACAACUGUAACGAAUUAAUUUGUUACACACAAGUUGAAGAACAUGAAAAAAGGUGUAAAAUUGUUGGUAACCAUCGAUGCAGCGAGUGUAAUUACACGGGAAAUGGUUGUCAAUUAUAUCACCAUUUCCUAAAAAAACAUCCCAACAACUUUUUAAAAUAUCCCGAAUUUAGAAUCGAUGUAACCGAAAAGAAAAAUUGGAAUUAUUUAUAUCGGAUUGGGAACCACUUCUUUUUGAUUAGAUACCAAUUUAUGGCACCUGAUAAUGCUCUGAAAUUGUUCGUAAAAUGCAUAGGACGAAACGAAGAAACAACCAAAUUUCAAAUUAUUUUAACAUCAUUGGUCCGAGAUAAGGAAUAUUUUCAAUCUAGUGAGAAAAAUUAUCUUGAAGAAAAAAUCGAUAUUUUGAAACAUUUAGAAGAAAACACAGAGAAUUUGGUGACGUGCCAAUUGAAAGUGAAAGUGGGUGGAGAUCUAUUUACGUAAAAUACUAACAACAAUAAUAACAUCAACAGAAACCAAAACACUGAAAGUCAAAAUGAAGAAAUAGUGAAAGCUCUCAAACAAAACCUCUUCCCCAAAUUGCGAUGCUUCUGUGGCAGUUUCGUGCUCCCCCCAAUUAAGAAAUGUCCUGCCAACCACGUGCAAUGCGAGAUUUGCACCAACUCAUACUGUCCCAUUUGCGACGACGUUGUGAAUUGGUCGCGAGCUCCCGAUUUGGAGGCCUUCCAUAAUAUUAUCCCUCUCCCCUGUCGCUGGCAGUGCGGAAUGCUACUACUCCAUUCGGAAUUGCGUUCACACGAAAAAACUUGUGAGAAAAGACGUUAUAAGUGUAUAGAAAAGUGGUGUUCAUGGAGUGGAAGUUUACAGGAUCUUAUGAGCCAUUGGCACAGUUCUGAACCUGUAUAUGACAGUGUUCACCAAGUGUAUGGCUUCAGUGAAGGCCUCGUUGAAUUUUAUUUACUAUACAACAAUGAACUGUUUUAUUUAAGAAUGGAACCGUUGAAGAGUUCAGGUCGAAAUUUUCAUGUGAGAAAAGUUUCAAAUGUGGAUUCGAGAAAUGAAGUUUACUCGGCAAGGGUAGUGCUGAGGCAUAGCUGCGAUGGGAUGACAAAAGAGAAAAAGGCGACACUUAAAUUUGGAGGAAUUACUUUGUUGAAAAGAAAUUAUUUUAAAUAUUUUGGGGAGUGCAAAAAUUAUAAAAUUAUUUUUAACCUGAAACUUGCGUCGUAGGGGAUUUGCCUGAUUUUGUCAGUAUAACCGCUUAUCAUUUUUUAACAAUAAUUAGAUAAAAAUUGGGGGAUAAUAAAAAAUAAAUUGAGUUUGAUUAAUUUUAUUUUGUUACCAAUGCACAAGUAUCACAAUCGGAGGUUGUAACACGCGUUUUUAUACAAUUUUUUCUACUGAGCACUUUUUAAAUUAAAUUUAUUAUUAAAUUUGCCAGUUAAAAUUUUUCACAGUUGACGUAUGUGGUUUUCAAAUUGCUCAAAAAUAGCUUAAAUUGCAUUAAUUUAAUACGUUGAAAUGCAACAAUUUCUUCUUACUUAUAAACGACAGUCUAUGGCCGGUGAUGGCCAAAGUAUUGCAUAAAAUGUCGUCAAAAAACAGUGUUACAAAGUUCUUAUUGUGACACCGAAAUAGAAAAAAUAUUUCUUCGUCUUUUUUAGGUAAAAAACAACAGUACACAAAGUAC